AUGGACAGCAGCCACCAGUUAAACAAGCAAGCCAUUAGGCAGAGAUGGGCCGGCAGCUUGCAUACAGGCGGACUCUUCUUGUUGGCUGGUCCCUGGUGGCUUUUCUUCCCGACACAGUCGGAGGCAGCCUACUGCCCGGGCCCACAUCCCAAACCGAUCUCUCCUCCCCUUCCCUCCAGGGAGCACCUUCUCUCCAGCGCCCUCCCUUUCCAGGGACCACCCAGUCACCCUCCCUCCAAGAACAGCCCACCCUCGCUCCCUUCAGGGACCACCCUUUUUUUCCCCUCCCUCUACCAUCCUCUCCCUCCUUCCAGGGACCACCCUCUCCCUUCCCCUCCCCUUCCCCCACCCUCCACUACCCCCUCUCCCGUCUGCCACAGACCACCCCAUCCCUCCCCUCCCCUCCGGCUGGCCGUGUCCUCCCUCCCUGAGAUCUCAGAGCUGCGGCUGGAGACCUGCGGCUGGAGACCUGCGUGGCGUGUCGCGUCUCCGCCCGUCCGGUGCCGGUGCCCCUCCCCCAAAGCCUCACAACCCCGCCCCGCCCGCAAGAUCCCGCUGCUGCCUGGGCCGGUGACCAUGGCCGGGUUUUCCCAGUGCGGCGGAGACACCAGGUGUGCUAGAUUGUGACUGGGAUCCCCCAACCUGCCUCAGAGAACAACCUUGUCCAUGGCUCGGCCCCCUCUUCGGACCUCGACACACCGCAGUACUUGUGACUGUUAGCUGGCCGAGUUCCCAAAAGAAGAUUCAUCCAGACUUCUCUAUAGCUCGAAAUCGUUAUUGAUGACCUCUUAACCA